AUGAGGUGCCAGACUCUGGCCAUCCCAGAUUCCAGCUCACCGGAUAGUGAAGAGUCUGGUCAAGAGCCCGUGCUGAAGCGUCGACGUAUACGAAGACGGGCCAACGAGCCUGCGGCUCUAAGACAACCCCGGAGUUCCUUGAAGGUGCAUUCCAAGACCUCCUCGACCACACCUACGACACCCUCUAGGAGACGUAACCCCCUACUCCAUCUUCUCCAGGCGGCCGGGGAUGAUGAUGACACCAUAGUCAUUUCAUCGAGAGAGACCACCCCAGGGCCACGGGCGGUGACACCAAGGACCCUCAUCGUGUUAAACUUUGAAAAGCCCAACCCGUGCCUCAUGGGACUGUGUGACAAUUUGCUACGCCAAAUCGUUGAUCUGGUGUCGUACGACAGCCCUAGGACCGUCCACGCACUCCGGAUGUGUUGUCGACGAACGGCCGAGGUGGCUGAGCCGGCGUUUUGUCGAACCCUCAUUACCACCUCGGGUGUACCGUCGAUAGGGAUAGAGAGACUCCUGCAGGCCCGACCAGAACGAUGUGCGUACGUCAAGACUGUGGCCGCAUACCCCAAAUACGCGUCGCCUGCUAAGAGCCUGAAAAAGACGGCCAGGCUUCUUCCUCAGCUCCCCCAUCUCGAGGUCUUGCAUAUCGCUGAGACGUUGUCGAUCGGGGAUAGAAUCAGGCCGAGAGAUCCCAUGGAUGAGAACAACGACGAAUUCUUCUCCGUGCUGAGCAAUGCGAUCACCGACAGCACCUUCGUGAGGCUCAAAGUGUGCACUAUCAUCUCGGCGGUGGAGCGGCCCGUGUCGAUCAAGCGGAUCCUCCAAAGCCCGUGUCUCAGCUCCUUGACGGUGUCGUAUCCUUACGUCGACCCUCAGGACCGCGACCUUCCACGUCGCAACUCGACGCCUUUGAAGCAUCUGACUCUGUUCGUCUCUCCGUUCGCCAACCUGGAAGUCCUCGCAUGUAUAUUGGGCAUGCCCACGGCGCUGGAGACUCUGGCCAUUGACGACAGUUGCCACAGGUUGCCAGACAGUAGCUUCCGCGGCAUUCUGGGCGCGACACUGCCCACCCUGGGCUCCCUGCAACCCGGCCUGAAGACGCUCAAGGUGUAUUGUGUCUCGUCGUAUCUCUACACCGUGUCUCGACAUACGGGAGACCUUGAUUUCCGCUCGCUCCAGCAAUUGCAGGAACUGAGCUUCUCGAACCACGGGGUCUGCCCGGUCAACUGCUUCAUCAACCUCCCUCCUAGGUUGCAGACUCUUCGGUUCAACGGCCCGAUCUCUCAAGAGGUCUUUGUUAAGAAACUCUUCGACCUCUCAACGCAGGACCAGCGCUUCUCGUGUCCCCCAAACAUCAAGAUCGACCUUGAUUACCAGCACUAUAUCGAGCACAAUCCCUGGACGUCGUUCGUCAUUCACGAGGAGGACGGCGAUGCCAGACACAUCGUCCGCCAGACCCGUGCACUGAGAAAGUUGACGGACCGAUUCACGGACUGCAAACGGGUCGUCGUCACCGAGAGGUGGUCAAUUUGGUCACGACGCAUGGAGUUUCGCAAAAAUGGAUGGUUCUGCCUCCAGGACGGGGACCAGACGCUGAACGACAAGGUCGAGGCGCAGGCCCACCAGGCUCCGUGUGCCUACCUCUACCGGCCGACGGUGUUUGGGCGCAACGACCUGACCAUCUUCAAGCAGAAUUACCUUCGACCGAGACCAUGUCAGUGUUGCAAUUUUUAG